AUGCCUACACAGGAGGCUCCAGUAGAUAAGGUGACUUCGGUAUUGGUUAAGGAUACUGAAAAAAUCAUUUCAUUGACUUCAGAGGUGGACGCUCUAAAGCUUGGUGUCACUCAGGAAAAUCAGGAACUACUAGUCACAUGCAUCUCAGAAAACCUUGGCUUUGCUGGAGGCAGCCCUGUUGCUGCAUGUCUCAUUUACAAAUGUCUCCUUCACUGGAGAUCAUUUGAACUCGAAGAAACCAACAUUUUUGACCGUAUCAUUCAAACAAUAGCCUCGGCCAUUGAAGUACCAGAUAACAACCAAGUUUUGGCGUAUUGGUUAUCUAAUUCAGCCAUGUUACUUAAGCUACUGCAGCACACAUUCACAACUGCUGCAAUACCAGCGUCCAGAGGAUGCAUGGGAGGUGAUGUAGUCUCUUCUUUGGAGAUACAAAUGCAAGUUGAUGCAAAGUGCCCAUCAACUCUUUUCAAGCAGCAGCUUAUUGGAUUCCUAGAGAAGAUGUAUGUAAUGAUCAGAGAUAAUCUAAAGAUUGAGGUCUUUUCUCUUCUCCGGUUAUGUACUCAGGCUCCACAGGCACAAGAAAACAAUGUUCCUCAACAAGAUUUGACUGGUCACUGGGAAAGUAUUGUGGACAGGCUAAGCAGUUACUUGAAUCUAAUGAAAGCAAACAAUACUCCACCAUUCCUGGUCAGAAAGUUAAUCACACAAAUAUUCUUCUUCAUCAAUCUUCAGCUCUUAAACAGUAUUCUCCUAAGCGAUGACUGUUGCUAUUUUGUCAACGGGGAGUACGUUGAAGCAGGUUUGGCUAAACUAAAACAAUGGUGUAUAGAGGCUACUGAUGAAUAUGUUGGUUCAGCUUGGGAUGAGUUGAGUCAUAUCAGACAGGCAGCUGGAUUCUUGCAGGUGUAA